UCCUCUCCGCCCCGCCCCCUCCCGGCUUCCCUUCCUGCCUCUCGCUCCGCAAUGGUUACUCUGGGCCUAUCCCGAGUGGACGAUGCCGUGGCCGCCAGGCACCCGGGGCUCCGGGAGUACGCCGCGUGUCAGUCCCAGGCCUUUGUGAAAGGCAUCCUCACGUUCAUCACAGCAGGUACGGGUGCAGCCUUCUUCCUGCAGAAGCUGUUCCAGAGAAAGCUGCCCUAUCCCACGCAGUGGACGGUGCUGCUGGCCAUGGUGGCUGGCUCGGUUGGCAGCUAUGCAGUGACCCGGGUGGAGACACAGAAAUGCUCCGAUCUCUGGCUCUUCCUGGAGACCGGACAACUACCGCCGGACCGUUCCCCAGAGCAGGCCUCUCAAGGGUGUUCAGAUCCAGAACAGAAGAAAAAUCAGUAUGGGGAUGUUCUGGAGUAAGGAUUCUCCAUGGUUCUGCCUGUACCACCCCGUCUCUUGCAGCUGUGCACGAGUACCCCAUUCUCCAGUCCAUAAAUAUAUAUAACUAAUGCUCUAACA